AGUUUUUAAAUUGUAAAAUGGCAUUACGCGAAUUUGUCGACGGUGAUUGUGGUGGUCCGAGUCCAUUUACAACUUUGACCUCGCACUUUGUACAAGAUCGCGGUUUCCGAGAAGAUGGUCUGCAUGGUUCACAGGGAGUUCCUAUCCAGAGCGCAACACCUAAUCAAUUGGCUGAUGAAUUUUUGGACUCACGUGCAAUAGUACAACCUCAAACAUUCAAAAUGAAAGAAAUCUUCCAGCAAAUUAACGAAAUAGACAAUAAUAUGCAACCAAUAGCAGCUCCGUUGAUACAUCAGCCAUUGGACCAAGAUUCUGUUUGGGCUAAUCAAUUUUCGCAGAAACGAACGGACUUUUAUGAAAGCAAUACACAGCAGAUAUGGUCGGAAAACGAGCAAUCAGUCAUGCCUUUUCCGCUACGAACUUCGAUAUUGGGCUCUACGCACCAAGAUGCUAACGAACUCGGAUUAGGGCAAACAUGGGCUGAAGAUUAUAUUGAGCAUUCGAUGGAGUCAGUAAACAAUCCGAGUACUGCUGAUUAUCCUUCAGCGGUAGAAAACGAAAAUCCAAAUAUCGCCUAUUCAAAGUUUAUGAAAUUUAUGCACCAAGAAGGCGAACUACCGGUAGAGAGUCGAGAAAGUUCUAGUGCUCAAUUAACUGAUAGCAAAUGGACAGAAAACUUUAUGGAGCAAGAGCCUCAAGCGGAAGCAAAGACUGCAGAGGUUGCAAAAACGCCUGAAGCAAGUAAAAAUGAUGAAGCAACUACUAGUUCAGCUGAGAUUUGGGCUAGUCAAUUCUCAGAUAAUCAAUACAAAAAAGAAAUAGAAACAUAUGAGUCAGCUUUUUGGUCAAAGCUACAAGGAGAGUGGGAGGUAUUGUCAAAAAAAGAACAAAAUAAAUCACAUCCUUGGAUAUCUGAUUACGAGAGUUAUUAUGAUCCAUUUAAAAAUUACAAAUUUAACCAAGAAAAUCCAAUGAAAAAUGCACCGGAUGCUUUGGAGCAAGGAAAACGAAGACUUGAAGCUGGCGAUUUAGCUAGUGCCGUACUUUGCUUUGAAGCUGCGGUCCAGCAACAUCCGGAGAAUCCAGAAGCUUGGAUGCUUCUCGGUAAAACUCAAACAGAAAAUGAGCAAGAUCAUCAGGCAAUAGCAGCGUUGAAAAAGUGUCUAACUCUCGAUACGUCUAACGCAGUAGCAUUGAUGACACUAGCAGUUGCAUUCACCAACGAAUCUUACCAGAGCCAAGCGUGCAUAACGUUAAAAGAGUGGCUUAUUAAGAGCUCCAAGUAUAAGCAUCUGAUACCUCCUCGUCAAAAUGUUGACCAAUCAGUUCGUAAAUCUAGUGUUUCGACGAUUCCAUUUAAUGAUUUGCACAACGAAGUUAAAAAUCUUUAUAUACAAGCAGCUCGAAUGAACCCAGUGAACGAAAUUGAUCCUGAUGUCCAGAUUGGUCUCGGAGUUCUAUUCAAUUUGUCUAGUGAGCACGAAAAAGCCGCUGACUGCUUUCGUGCAGCUCUACAUGUUCGCCCCAACGACUGUCGAUUAUGGAACCAACUUGGCGCUUCUCUUGCCAAUGGACAGAAAUCCGAGGAAGCAAUUGAUGCCUAUUCACGCGCUUUAGAAAUUGCCCCCGGAUUUAUUCGCGCUCGUUACAACCUGGGAAUAUCUUGCAUCAAUUUAUCUGCUUACCAACAAGCUGCUGAGCAUUUGCUGACAGCUCUUAAUCAACAGGCAGCAGGACGAGGCGUUCAAGGUCAAAGCCGAUCCACUGCUGCCAUGUCCGACACCAUUUGGUCUACUUUACAAUUAGUUAUUUCUCUGUUACACAAAUAUCAUCUAAAUAACGUCAUUACUACGCGGGAUCUGGAUACAUUAAACAAAGAGUUCAAAAUUGUCUAA